UUGUUUCGACGGGUUGGGGGGAAAAAAAAAAGAAUAAAAAAUAAAAAAAAGCAGAAAAAUGAUAAUCUUGCUGUCUGCCCUUUGAUAUUCUAAAUGGCGUCAAGAUUUCCUCAUUCGGCGCUCCACCAGCGAGAUCCUAGGUCGUCGUCGAGCUUGUUCGAUUCCUACAGCGGAAGCAAAGAGAGAAAUCGUCCCUCGAGUCGAUCUCCCGGGUAUACAGGAGGAGGAUAUGGAUUUGCGGGGUCAUCAAACGGAAGCGUAAAUCCAGGAUACCGAGCCGCAACGCCGAAUAAAAAAGGCCAGUACUCAGAUGCAGUCUUAUCCUCCUUAGAGUCUCAGAAUGAUGCCGAGGUUGAGGGUAUUACGGCCAAGGUGAAGAUGCUGAAAGACAUUACCGUAGCCAUUGGUGACGAGAUCCGUGAAUCCUCCGCCUUCGCAGAUAAAAUGAAUGACACAUUUGAUAAUACUCGAGUUCGACUACGCGGCACCAUGAACCGAAUGCUACGAAUGGCAGAGCGUAGUGGCGUUGGAUGGAAAGUCUGGCUUGGAUUCUUUGUCGCCGUUUUCAUGCUCUUCACAUACGUCUGGCUGUUUUAAGCGCUCGCGAGUUGUUCCACAUGUCCAUUAUUCCGCAUUGACGACCUUGCUCGGUAUCUAAAUGACGGCCUACGUAUUCCCCGUGAUCGAUAAUUCAUCGCUACUUACACAUUUACAAUGCAACACUAUUAUACCUACCUACUGUUUCAGGCACGUCCGCUCUCGAUCGACUUUACGACUCUUGCUCCUUGUUACCUAUUUUCCGGUGUUUGCUCCAGGAUGGCAAAAACAUUUACCAUUAGCCGGCGCUGUCAGAGGGAAAUGCACCAAUAACACUUUGCACAAGCACACGAUCUCUUUUUAGUUAUGGGAAACCUUUUCUUUUCUCCUCUUGUAUCUGUCCAUUUCGAGGAAGCAUCUGACACGAGACCUCCUGGUG